CCCGUCUUGGAUACCCAGCAGUUUCUCUGAGAAACAUCAACACAGUAACCCGGGAAAGAGACCUCAGAGGCGGGGAGCGGUGUUUCUCUUUAGGGACCUCACAGCGGAUCUGGAUACUUUGUUACACAGACACACACCGACACGACAACAAUGGAUGAAUGUCGUUAGAAAAAGUUGCUAUCUUAGUUAGCUAAGAUUGGUUUGCUAACGUUAGCCGGCUAAUGCUAACGUUAGCAAACAGCUGAAACUGAAGAAGAAGUCUGAAGAAGUUUGGAUUUUAUGAUCAUUUUAUAAUCAUGAGGACGGCAACAUGAAUCUGGACAUCUAGAUACAUCGCUUCCUUUCAUUACAGGUGAAUGAGAGCGAUGAGGAGCAGCAGGAGGACGGAGGUGUCUGCUCAGCAGCUGACUGAUCACACUAUUGGCACAGAGCUGACAACUGCAUGGAAGAGUUUAUCUCAGUCCAAAGCUGCUUUGCGGCAUAUAGAAAACCGCCUGGAAGCCGCUCCAGGUUCAAGUGUUCUCCUGGAAUCAGUCAUGGACCCCAAGAAGAAAUCCUCCAGGACGGUGCGCUGCAGAGAUGGACAACAUGCUGAUGUCACCGCGGGGUCUUCGAAGCGUCGGGGGCGGAGUCAGCAGAGUCCGGAGAAGAGCAGCUCUCGCAGCCCGCUGAGGAACGCCACGCAGGACAGCAACGUGCGGAGGAACAACAGCGUGGAGUUCAGGGAGCCGCUGGUCUCCUACAGAGAGGCCACCCCUCCACCAAACCCCCCCUCUCAGCUGGAGGCCUUCAGCCUUCAGUCCUCCUCCUCCAAUCCCCCCUCAGACCCCCUGCUGAGCCAGAUGGUUUACCACAGAGACACCAGGGACUCUCAGACGGACCGGGACCAAGACAGCACUCGCUCCUCGGCUCUGGAGGGCACGGAGGUCCGAUUCCUCAACGACCGCUCAGCCCUCGACUCCAUGAGGACCGCCAGGGUCUCUGCGUGGGAGCAGGACCACACCCCUAAACCUGCCCUGGACUCCAUGAGGACCGCGGGGGUCAGAGUGUCUGCAUGGGAGCAGGACAACACUCCCAAAGCACAACCAGGCAUGGAGGGACAGGAGUCGAGCCCGUCUUUAGCUCCAGGAUCCGCACAAAGAGAGGAGAACACCCCCUCGUCGAGCCCAGGAUCAGCCUCUCAGCGGCUGGAGAACCUCCGGCGGCACCAGCCUGACGACAAGCUGGAGAAACUCAAAGAGCGCAUCCGGAGGCAGAGGCAACAUCUGGAGGAGGCGGCAGAGAGAGAGAAGCUGCUGUUCGACCUGGAGCAGCCGGACGUAGAAGCUGUGGGGAGCAACAACGCCGGGACCAGCAACAUGUACAAAAUAAUACGGAAAGUAGCAGCUGCUCCACCAGCUCCGAUAUACAAAGGUUUCAACAGUACUGAGACGAAGAUCCAGACUCCUGAUGGGAAAGUCUGGAAGGAGGAGGAGUUUCAUAACCUCAGCAGAGAAAUAUACAGAGACCUGUCCCGACAGUUUGCUGAGAGCACCAGAUCCAGACAGCAGCAUCAGAAGGAACAGAGAGCAGACAGAUCCAGAGAGAGGAGGCCCCCCAAACCUGUGAGGAAGGUCCACAGAGCGGCCCCUUCCUCUGAAACAACCACCAAACCAGUGAUCAGCCCUGCGUCGUGGAGGGACGGCCAGAAGCUGGUGAAGAUGGUUCUGGGUCCGGUUCCCAAGCUGCCCCGAGAGGAGCUGCCAGCUGACAGACUGAGCAGAGCAGCUUCCCGUCACCGCUCAGGUUCAGACCCGCGCUCAGAAUCAAACCCCCGGCACCGCCCCAGCAGCACAGAGAGACCCAGCGCUGGAUUUAAAUCAAAAAGCCGCUCCAUAGCCACCUCCACCCCCCAGGAGAAGGCCCAGAAUACGGGUGUCGGUACAGACCUCCUCUCAGCUGACAUCCAGGGGAUCCUCGACGACCUGCAGCUGGAGUGCAGAGCGGCAGAGCGGGAGGAAAGAGCCCGGCAGAGAGCUCGAGGAGGGGGGAGUGCACGGAGAGGAAGAGGGGGGUCUGGCUCUCGAACCAGGACUCCGGUUUCUGCUUGGGGGGCCACGGCUGCUGCUGCAACAGGAAGCUCCUCGAGAGGCUGCCGCAGCGCCAGCCCCAGCCCCAUCCCCACCUCACACCAAACACAGGACCCCAAAAAGAGACACUACGACGCAGACUCUGUGCGGCAGUACAUCGGCCGGCAGCAGGAGGAGAGGAAGAGGAGGCAGGCGGAGGAGAAGAGGGCGAUGAAGGAGGAGGCGGAGAGGAGGAACCAGAGACUAAAGGAGCUCUACAGGAAGCAGAGAGAGGCGGUGAUAACGGCUGAGGCUCCUGUGGCUCCUGUGCAAAGACGACUGCAGGAGACAUACGACAAACUGCUGCUGGAGGACAGCCGGCUGGGAGAGGAGGCGCACACGCAGCCUGCUGCUGCAUCUAUUCACAUGAGGCCGAUGUACCAGCCCUCAGGAGAGUCGGACAAAGAGAACAAACGACUGGAAGCCCCUCAGAGCCCCUCGAGCAGCGACAGGUCUCUGAACGAUCAGCAUCCUGCUCCUUUAUCCAGGAAUGAUCUGGAUACUGGCCUUGCCUCUCUGCUGCAGCCUGAGCGUCUGAGCAGCAGCACCAUGGCUCCGUAUGGAGACCAUCUCCUGUCCCACCUGCUCAGGAUGGAGUCUGCAGUGAAGCAGCGUCCGGCACCAUCUCCCUCCAUCAGGCCCAACUCUAAGAUGUCCCGCAUCGAAGCCCUGAAGGCCACCGCGGCUUCCCUCUCCAACCGCAUCGAGAGCGAGGCACGCAAGAUCGCUGGGGAGGGGCUCAACUACGAUUUAGAAACCCCCAUGGAUGUUAUAAGACCCUCUCAAGGGGAUCCUGACGCUGGAAGCUGGGCCGAAAACGAUGACGUGGCGUCGAGGAUCCAGAGGAUUCUGACCAGCACAGGUCAUACAAGUUCAUACAAUGGCACGGCUCUACCAGGAGCAGGAAAUCUACAUGCACUCAGGGGACAGAAAGACAACAAGGGUACACACACCUUUACAAACAAUCCACACACACCUGCAGACGAGACAGGGCUCAACACACAUGAGAGGGAGAGGCUGGUCAACGGCUUGGACCGAGUGGAGAGAAUGGAUAACGGAGAAUCAAGAAGAGAGGAUAAGAAUGGGACUCUUGACUCCAGUGCCGGGUCCAUCAGCGAGGGUCCUCUGCUGAGUGAGGGGAGUUUCUCUGAGGAUGAUGUAAGUCCUCCUCACCCCUCCUCCUCCUCACACGGUCGUUUCCCCCGAGCAGCAGCAGCAGCAGCAGAGCGUCUGGAGGCAGCGGAGUACUGCGCGGGGCAGAGGAAGGACUACCACAGGCUGUCGGAGUUUCAGAGGGAGGCGGCCAGGUGCUCAACCCUCAGCUUCACACAGCACGACAGCAGCAAAGCACCCUGGGAGGAGCUGAACAAAGGGAGCCCUCUGAGCGUCAUCAACAUCUACACCAAGAACCUUCAGGGAAGACUUACAGGGAGUGAGAGAAUCUCCCCCUCUGCUCUCUCUCCUCCCUCUGCUAACGGCCCCGUAGACGCAGCGGUGUAUGAAGACGACUUUGUGUCAUUGCACAGCAGCGGAGCGAGCGCACAGUUAAAGAGAGGCUCCAACUCACGCAGUGUGAACAGUCACUUUGAGGAGCUGAUGAGGAGGUCACCGUAUGACAAAAGUACAGGAGGCAUCAGUUCCCAGCAUUCAUCCUUUCACUCGUCUAUUCACUCCUCUAUUCACUCCCCUCAUCUCUCCUCCGGAUCAACUCCUGCCUCCUCAAAACCCUCCGCCAGAAGAAUAGGCGCAGCGUCAGACCACAGCGAUGGCACUCUGGUGGAGGAUCACAGCUCCUGCUCUCCUCCUUCAGACGCUUUAUCCUCCGACUCCAGGAGGAGAGGCUCGGACAAAAGCUCUCCCAACAGCCAGGCCAGAAGCGUCCGCUCUAACGAGGCUUCAGGGGAAGCAACAGAGCUUUCUCACCACAGUAAGAAGUCUUCAGCGCUCAGACACAGAAAGGCGUCUCCUUCGUCCUCCGGCUCUCCUCCAGGAGGAAACUCUCCCGGUGAGAGGAGUGGCUCUCUGGGGGGGAAUAACCCAAACACCUCAGCGCGCAGUGGAAGAGCCGAGACCAAGACCACAGGUGACCUGCAGUACUCCCCUGCUGUCCUUCAGCAGCGUAUGGCCGCAGAGCUUCAUCACCUGGAGACCAUGGAGGAGUCGGUGCGUCAGCUGGGAGACGUGGAGCGGGUGAUGGGAGUCUCCAUGGCUCAGCAGGAGAGCGUCUCAUUGGCCCAGAUGCUCAAGGCACGGCAGCUGGCUCACGCUCGUGACCUCUACGAACUGAAGAUCAAAGCUGAGAGAGAAGCGCUGGAGACGCAACUACAGCUGGAGGAGAACAGACAGAGAGUGGCCAGGGCUCAUCAACUGCAGGAGAGCUUGGCGUCGAAUCAGAAGGAGACGUUGGUGGGUCUUCAGGAGGCGGCUAAGGAGAUGAUGAGUCAGCAGACGGAGGCGGCGCGGUACACGGCCGACACCGCCCGACACAUCCGAGAGAUGGCAGAGUUGGCGCGCACGCAGAUAUCUGGGGUUUUGGCCCCUCGUGAUGUUUCUGACUCCUCCAUGUUGGACGAGCGGGAAGAACAGCAGAGCUCCUACUCAAAGCAGCGGCACGACAGAAACGAGUCUGACAGCUUCAGUAGUGAGGUGUCCAACAGAAGGACCAGGCCGGAGGAGACGCUGUCCUCCCUGAACAGCCUCAGUCCCUCUGACUCUCUGUCCUUCAGAAGACCCAACAUCAGUGGAGCGGACUCCAGCAGCCACCACAGCCCUUCACACGCCUCGCUUGAGACCAGAGACAGAGACCGGACGAAGAAAGAUGCGAGAGAAGGGAAGAGGAGGAAGGAGACGAGGAAGGAGGAAGGCAGCAGCUCCAUCGAGGAAGAAGUUCAAAAAGCAGCAAAUGAUUCCCUCUGCAGCGACAGCAUCCCCUCUGUAGUGGAUGACAAAGGAGACACUACGUCCGUGGCAACCGAAUACUCUCUGAAGUUUGACGAGUCGAUGACGGAGGACGAGAUCGAGGAGCGCUCGUUUCGCUCUCUGCUGCCGUCUGAGGCGCACCGCAGGGGAACCAUGGAGAAGAAGCCCCGCCCCCACGAUGAGUCAGAGGAUGACGGAGCCAAUCACAACGCCACAGUGGUUUCAGGGGUUCAACACAUGUUAAAGCCUCAGGACUCCAGCAUGUCGUUCGCCGGCGGGCAGGACAGCUUCUCUCAGUUCACGAUGGACAUGGUGCGUCAGUACAUGAAGGACGAGGAGGUGCGUCUGCAGCACCAGAGCUCCCUGCUGCACCUCCGACAGAAGGCCGUGAAAGAGAAGACCAAAGCUGAGCUGGCCUGGCUGGAGCACCAGAAGAAGAGACUGAGGGACAAAGGAGAGGACGACAAGAUGCCUCCAAUCAGGAAGAAGCAGAGGGGCCUCCUGAUGAAGCUGCAGCAGGAGCAGGCUGAGAUCAAGAGGCUUCAGGAGGCCAACAAAGCGGCCAGGAAGGAGCGGCAGCUGUUGCUGAAGCAGCAGGAGGAGAUCGAGCGGAUGAGAAACUCCACCCUCCGCCUGAAGGAGCGUCUGAAGAGCGCCGGGGGGGAAACUCCACCUGAGACCCCCGUGUCAGAGACCCCCCUCUCAGAGUCGGCCUCCCCCAACAUGAGACGCAGCCCCUCCCCCCCGCUCUCCAUCUCUGGAAGUGAGACCAGCAGCAUCAUGCAGAAGCUCAAGAAGAUGCGCUCCCACACGGACGAGAAACUCUGCUCUCCUGUCCACUGCUUCUUCUCUGUGUUCACGGCUCACCACUGGGCCUCCCUCAGUGUCUGUCUGCCCAACCUCCACCCUAAAUUCCAGCUUUUUAUCUACAACCAUUUGGUCAGGUUCCUGACGAAGCGAGAGCAGGUGCUGAUGCAGAGGCGGCACCAUGCGGAGGAGCUGCUGCAGUGGAAACAGCGCCUGGAUCGAGAGGAGGCCGAGGUCAGGAGGAUGGAGAAGGAGGCGCUGGCUUUGUGGGACAGAAAAACAUCUCGAGACGGGGCGGAGAGUCGGGAGAACGAGGUUUCUGACAUCAGCCCGAGUCUCCGUCAGAGCUCAGAGCCCAGGAUAGACAGCGAGAAAGAGUAUGUGAGUGAGGACUGUUCCUCAGUGACUCCUGACUCCAGCAUCCACACGGAGGGACCACAGACAGGAAGUCCAGCUUCAGAUCCACCUGCUUCAAACCCUGAAACUCCUUCAGGAACCUCCGUGCAGAACAGCCCUGCAAACUACAGCCAGGACUUCACCUCUCCCAGCAGACAGUCUCUGAGAGGAAGCCUCGCCCCCCUAGCCUCUCCUUCACACAGCAGCAAGAUGCAGCUCCGAGCCUCCAACCGGACUGACCUUCCUCCAGAGCACAUUUCAGACCAGAGUGACAUAGAGAGCCGAAUCCGGGGUCUGAAGGAGGAAGUGAGGAAGAGGAAGUUUAUGGCCUACCAGCUGAAGAAGGAGCAGAAGAAGAGACACAAAGAGCACCUGAAGGCGCAGGAGGCCAGCCUGCUGAAGCAGCUGGAGAGCUACAACAACUUCAUAGAGAGAACCAAAGCCGAGCUGAACAAGAAGCCGGACUCCACGCCUGAUGACUCUCAGAUCAAAGAUUCAGUCGCAGAGCAGACGAGCAUCACAACACCUGCUGACAGGUCUCAAACCGGCACCGUCUCUGGAAGGACGCACAUUGAGGCUUCAUUGGAUCACAAUGCCGUCCCUCAGCCUGAUCUCAGCAGGUCCUCCUCAGUUCCUGAAGAGCUGUCUGAUGAAGACCCUCCGACUGUGACUCCCACCCCGGUGCGCGGCAGCCCUCAGAGAUCCUAUCACGAGCCGGAGGUGAAAGUGAGCUCAACGUUUGAGGAUCAACCGUCUGAGCGUCUCCUCGUCUCCAAAGAGAAGCUUUCUACAUCUGUAACCCUAGAGGAAAGUAAAGAGUUAAAGACGAGAGAAGCAUCUGAAGCUGAGAAAUCAAACGUCAUCUCCUCUAAUAAUAAGUCGGCUGCAGAGGAACUCAAUCUAAACGAUAAAUCUGCAUCCAGUGACUCCUCCGUUAAAGACGUGGAAGGCUCGUCUCCCAGAGCAGACGCUUAUCACGAUGACUUUGAGUCUUCAGUGGAUUCCUCUCCUAGGGAUGAUCGCCACGACUCCACACCUGCUUCUCAAAUCUCCAGAAAGGACGAGGAGGAAGUGGAGGAGGAAAUAUCUGAAGAUCUGAGUCACCGCUCGGGGACGAGUGGAGCGAGCCGUCAUUCUGCCAGACUGCUGGAUUUUCAGAACAACGCAGAAGACUCCAAACUUCUAAACUCCACCCACUCGCCUCCCUCUCCCGUCAGAGAUGAAAUGCUUAGCUUUGAUAUCGGGGAUCGAGUUCUUGUCGGCGGUGUUCAGCCGGGAACGCUGAGGUUCAAAGGGCCGACCAGCUUUGCUAACGGUUACUGGGCCGGCGUGGAGUUAGAUAAAUCCGAAGGGAGCAACAACGGCACCUACGACGACGUGGUUUACUUUGAAUGCGACAAAAGCCACGGCAUCUUCGCGCCUCCGGACAAAAUCUCACACCUGCCGGACAAGUUUGAGAUCUACGCCGACACCACGGAGGACGAGGACUCCUUCUGUGACCCUCUGUCGGAGAAAGGAGAGAAAGAAACCAAAGAGCGGGAGCGGGAAUCAGAGAAACGGGAAAAGGGGAAUGAAAAUGAACCAACAUCUAAUGAUUUCAAUAACUCCGGGGAUAAAAGCGUUACGGAUAUAUCGAACAAUAAUGUCAAAGAAUCCAAGCAUCCUAUUCCUAACGGCAGGGACAUUACGCUGCAUUUUGAAGAUGCACCCACCACCCUCCUCAUCUCUGAUAUCGACCUGGGGAACCAGAAGGAGAUCGCCCCCCGUGUUGAGAGAGAGGAGGUCGCCCCCCGUGUGGAGAGAGAGGAGGUCGACUCACGUGAGGUGAAAGUGUCUGAGGAGGGGAAACAGAAAGCGCUACUGGACUCGGUCGCAGACCAGCUCCUCAACAACUUCAUGACGGACACCGUGGCGCAGUUUGCUGAAAUUAAAAGGGCUAAAGAGCAGAAGAUAGACGCAGCCAAUCAGAUGAACGGAGAGGAAGGUGUUGAUGAUGAUGAUGAAGAGGAGAAGGAGUGGUUCCCAUCUGUUCAACAGAAGGACGGGCUGCCCUUCUUCCUGCCUUCAGAGAAAGAGGAGAUGACGUCUCCAGAGCUGUGUAACCAACCUGAGAGUCCGAUCCUGGGGGUCAGCGGGCAGGAGGAGCUGGUGAAGCGCCUGGCGGAGCUGGAGAUAAGCCGUGAACUUCUGGAGGAUCUGGGCGACGACCAGGACUGGUUCGAUGAGGACUUUGGCCUCAGCUCCCGCAGAGAGCAGCAGAGAAUCAAACAGAGGGAGGAAGAGGAGGAGGAGGAGGACGAAGAGGAGGAGGAGAGGCUGGGGAGGUUUUCAUCAUCCCUGGGGGGUUUUAUCUCAUCCUCAGGGGGGCAGCAGCAGGUUAAGAUCCCCCCCAGACCUGAGCUUCCUCUCCCUCUGCCUCCAAAACUCCCCGAGCAACCCGCCAUGGUGGUUCCUCACUCCGCCACCGAGGUGGAGAAGAUGGUGCACGUCGCCACGCAAGAGAUCUGGGAGAGCUUCGGCCUGGGGAGGGAGGGGGGGGCACGGAGCCUCGCUCAGAUGCCCACCCCCCAACCCUCGCAGGAGUAUCUGGGGAGGAAGGAGGCCGGCAGCCAGGAGCAGGAGGCAGUCUGCAUCCACAGCUACAGAAAGGCGGUGUUCGACCUGACGUGGGAGAUGCUUCAGGAGAUUUACAACGAGGAACCAAGCUCCGAUCAGCCUCAGUGGGUCAAACCACGGAGAGUCAGAUCCUCCUUCUUCCACAGAGUCAAAACCUCAGGAGACCUCAACAAGAUCCAGGAGUUCAUCUCAGCAGAGGUCCUGAAAGUGUACGGUCUGAGUAAAGAGCACAGCCUGAAGACCGACUGGCAGAAGAUGCUCAAGUUUGGCAAAAAGAAGCGAGACAGGGUCGAUCACAUUCUGGUCCAGGAGCUCCACGAGGAGGAGGCUCAGUGGGUGAACUACGACGAAGACGAGCUGUUUGUGAAGAUGCAGCUGGCCGACAGCAUCUUUGACGCUCUGCUGAAAGACACCGCCAACACGCUGACGCUCAUCUACGACAAGAGGGCCAAGAGAGAAAACAACCCAAAACUACAAGCUCCAUCUUCCUCCUGACAGACUAAGAACUACAAGCUCCAUCCCUCUCCUGACAGACUAAGAACUACAAGCUCCAUCUUCCUCCUGACAGACUAAGAACUACAACCCCACCCCUCUCCUGACAGACUAAGAACUACAAGCUCCAUCCCUCUCCUGACAGACUAAGAACUACAAGCUCCAUCCCUCUCCUGACAGACUAAGAACUACAAG